AUGUGUGAUGAUUUUCGUCUGCCUUUCAAACGUCUUUGUACAAAAGAGUUUUCACUCUCCGAUUUGGUAAAUGAGGAAUCUGAACUUUACGAAAAAUCGAUAGAGAUUCAUCGUAAUGAAACACUUGAGGCUGUAAUUAAAGUGUAUCAAGAUCCGGUGCUGCUUCACUCGUGGGAUAACUUUAGGCAUGCUGCUGACCUUCUGGCUGCAAUGCAUCGUCGGAUAAAGCAUCGAAUGAAUCGAGUUCUUGCAACUUCCUAUGAGAGCGGCUCACUGGCCUUUUCUAAAAACUUUCUUAAUGAAUUUGGGAGGAUUUUACGGAAGUCAAAUAAGCUCGUUGCUAAUAGAGCUCUGCCGGAAGGUAUGCUCAAUCCUCUUUUGAUGGCACAGUCGGAUCCACCUCACGGAGCUUUCAAAAGGAAGAGGCGAACGCUGCGUGUCCGUCGGCAGUGUCGACCUCUCCGAACCAGGGACACUAUUACCCAACCAAAGCCAUCUUCUGGGAGUCCUCCAAGUGGAAAUGUGUCAGAAAUGUCCGAAAUGAGUCGCGUAUCAGAGGCGGAGGUUUACAACCUGUCCAGACCGCCUGCUUCACCCUCAAUCCACUCUAAAAUUACUCUUGAGGAUAUCUUGUCACUUGGUGGUGUGCUAUUGGAUGGGGUGGUGUUUCCGUGCUGCUGGUGGUUGUCAAUUCUUUGCCGACCGGAGCUGGCUCUGCAUGCGGCAAUUGAGUUCGUUGGGUUCAUCUGCUGCGGAUUGGGUCUCGUGGGAGGUGGUGGUGCCGUGUGUUGUUCUGGCGAGCCCUCGUGGGAUAAAGUGUCUUCGGUUCCCCUUAGAUUGUUCUGUGUUAAAAUGGGUCGAAAGAAGAUUGAUAUUAAAAAAAUCAGUGACGAAAAAACACUUCUUGUUACAUUUGCGAAGCGGAAAGUGGGUCUUUUUAACAAAGCUUUUGAACUGAGUGAAUUAUGCGAAUGCGAGGUAGCAAUACUCAUCCUCACUAACAAGAAUCGCAUGCACAUGUUUGCCAGUCAUGAUCUGAGUAGCGUCGUGAAGCAAUACAAUGAUCGACCGGAUCGUGGAGAGCUCAUGACUAGCCAGGAUAUCAUAGAGCGCCGUAAAAAGAAGAAACAAUCAAAGUCCUCACAAUCCGAAGACAGGUCGUUGAAUCAACAGUAUCCUUCGACUUGUGAUUGUGGAGCUAGCGAGUAUGAUGGAGGACUGGAUAAUGAAUCACUAGUUCCCUCUACUGUUUCAACUAAUACCACCACUAUUGCUGCUCCUGCGGACUAUGAUGAUCAGUUAGCUCAAAUCGGACUUCCCCAGCACGGGGUGAGACCUCACUUGAAGCCAUUCUAUCCAACAGAUGGUACUGAAGAAGAUGCAAAUGUGUUUCAGGCGAGUGCAAAGCUAUUUUGCAUGGAUUAUUCUUUUCUAGUAGACGUGGCUUGGGCUUUGUCCCCCUAUUCUUCAUGGCUUCCUUUGUUCUGUUUAUCAUCCGAACUCAUGUUUCUUAAUCUGCCGGCCGCUGGUGGAUGUGUAGAUAGUUUGUCUCCUUUCCCUCUCCCAGCAGCAGAUUGUGCCGUUGAAGCGGUUGAACCUACAUCACCGUUAAAAAUGGACACGGAUGGGGAGCUUAAUCCGGAGGAAGGUGCAAAGUCUGUGCUUCUCACUGAUUUAACUCUCACUGGGGCUCCAUCGAUUUCGGACACCUUGCCUAAAAAACUCCCGAGGAAGGUCAGUCUUUCUCAGCUUAACCUACGACAUGAUGAAGUUUUGGCAAAGUUGCUGAAGGGAUCCAUCAAAAUUACACUUUUUACUUUUCUCCAGCGGCUGAAUCUGGGAACUUUGCGCACAAACCGACCACCUGCCUUUGGAGAUGGCUGCAAGUCCUUCGAUCCAACUAUCCCAUCUCCUCUUCCUACUAGCAAAAGAAGGAUGCCGCUAGUUUUUCGGGGAAGUACCACAACGGAUUCAGAACUCUACACACCAGAGCCACAUCAGAAGCCAACACAGGUCAUAAUUUCGGAUAAUCCUGACUUAUAUCAGGGAUGGAGUCAUGUGAAUACUGGUCCGACGUCUUUGUCAUCUUCUGGAGAUGGGAGUUUGACAAAGUCGACCGGUAACGUUUUCAAUGGUAUGCUUCCCUCCUUCCUCAUUCUACUUCUGAACUUUCACUCAAUUGGACGAGUCAAAUCAGAGGCAUCUGAUAACUCCCGAUCCCGAACAAUUGACGGCGGCUCCCUUCACAUAGGUGAAUUCUUUAACUUUAGCUCUGUCAGAACUUAA